GAUCGAGUGCGGGGUGGGCGCUACCAUUGUAUGUACUUACCAACGACGCAGUGCUGCUGCUAGCACUGCAGCAAUUCUCUCUCAUCUGUGUCUCCCCCUUCUCCUUGUGGACUUUCGGAAGACUGUGCAUCGAAGACGUUACAACGACAGCGACAGAAGAUGAGCAUGAACCCUAUGAACGAAGUCGUCCCGGGCCUAUGGAUCGGCGACCUCGCAAGCGCACUCAACUCAGAGAAGCUGCGCGAGCACAACAUCCACAGCGUGCUCACCGCGAUGCGCGGCCGCGUGCGCAUCAACGAGACUUGUAAUAAACUGCAAAUCAACCUGGAUGACACCGAAGACGCAGACGUCCUCAGUCACCUCGUCGCCGCUAUCCAGUUCAUUGAGGCUGAGCUGGAGAAGGGAAGAGGAGUGCUGGUGCAUUGUCAGGCGGGGCUGAGCCGGAGUGCGACGAUCGUCGCUGCUUACCUGAUGUACGUGCAACACAUCGACUACGAAGCCGCCCUUGACCUCAUCCGGGGAGUACGGCCAAACAUACAACCUAAUGAUGGAUUCCUACGACAAUUGGCUGUGUUUCAAGAAGCGUCGUACAGAGUGUCGAGACGCGACAAGGCGACACGGAUGUACUACCUUGAGCGUGUGGUGGAGGAAGUCAUGAACGGAGAGGGCUCCUUUGACACGGACUUCUUCGCCAAGUUCCCGCGCACGCCCACUGACUCCGCGCCCGCGACUCCGGGCGGGCCCCGUCGCCGUAUCCGUUGCAAGAUGUGUCGACAGGAGCUCGCCGCACGCGAACACAUGCUCGAUCAUGGUCAAGUCGGCCCUACCACUCCCGCAUUCACCCCCGUUGCUUCUCGCCGGCCAUCGUCGUCUCUGCACGAUGCACCCGUUCGUCCCUUCGCCCCGCUCACGCCAGUCAAGUCCCCACCGAGCUCGAGGAGGCCGUCUAUGAACGACAGCAGACCGGCGAUCUCGUCCCCGCUCUCGCCUACGGGAUCGAGGAGACCGUCCAUGAACGAUGGCAGUGCUAGGCCGGUGGGCCUCGCCGCAUUGACUCCGAUGACUCCGAUCAGCACGCCUGGGCCAGCACCGAUGUCCCGCCGUCCGUCGGGCUCGAACUACGAGCCCCAAACGCGCUCGCGGCUAGGGAGCAAUGUGGAUACGCGCCCGUUGAAGAGCAGCCUGCUUGCGUUGCAGGGUGCGGCGCAGUUUGGCCAGGACAUCUCGGACGAGCUGUCGGAAAGCGCGGUGGAAGGGUCGGACGAUGAGGAAGAGGAGGCACCGAACCCGCCGAACACGGCCUUUCCCCGACCUGAAACGGAUGGGGAUGCUUGGGCGGAUCCUCCAUCGGCUGCGACUUCACCAACAGCUGCAUCGAACCCGUCGUCCACGUCGAGAGAUCUGAACGUCAAGUCGCUGUCUCUUGGAGGUUCCAUGCCGUCCCCUCCUGCGCUUUCCACUUCUCCUUCGGCUUCAUCUGCCGAGCCGCUUCGUGCGAUCCCGCCCUCGCUCGCCCGCCAGUUCUCUUCUUCAUCAGGCACGCCGCUGAUGCACGGCUCUGACCUCGCGGCCCAGCUCUCAAACAACCCCAAGCUUGCGGGGCUCCGCUCGCCCACCAGCGGGCUCAACAUGACGGCGAUGACGCCGUCGAGCCCAGGCGCAGGUGCGAGCGCGAACGGUGCUAGUCCUGUAGGCAGGGGUGGAUCCGCGUUGAAUAUCAGCCCGCCGCUGCUCGCGAACAACACGUGCUCGGGCUACUUCGUCGAGCCGAUGAAGUGGAUGGACGCCUUCCUGCAGGAAGGCCAGAUGGCGGGGAAGAUCGUUUGCCCGAACAAGAAGUGCGGCGCGAAGCUGGGGAAUUAUGAUUGGGCGGGGGUGUGUUGUAGUUGUAAGCAGUGGGUGGUGCCGGGAUUUUGCAUACACAGAUCGAAAGUUGACGAGGUGGUGGUAUAGUAAGACAAUCGCGGAAAUCUACCCUCCAUUGUAUCUCUACUUACGGACAAGUCGCUGUAGCAACAGAAUGCAGCUGCAUACACGCAGAGCCCUCUCAUGACUGACUCCUGAAUCCUGCUCAUUCGCUAUGGGAGACACU